AACAAGGCAUAAUGGGAGCACCUCAAGAUCAUUCAGUGACCCCAAGAAAAAGAGUACUCGUUGUGGAUGAUGAUGAUCGUGUCCGAAAGAUUCACCAAGAUCAAUUAAAAUCACUUGGUGUUGAUUCUUGUUUUGCAAAAAAUGGGAAAGAAGCCUUGGACAUAAUUUCUUCGGAUUGGUCUGCUCAAACCUUUGAUCUAAUUCUCAUGGCUAGGCAUAUGCCACUCAUGGAUGGAAUUCUGACGACUAUGGUAUUGUGCACAAUAGGGUACCCUAGUUUGAUUUAUGGUGUGUCGGAUCGCCUUACAGAAGCAGAAUGGGAAGAAUUUUUUAGUGCAAGGCCAGAUGAUAUCUAUGAUGAAGGGAAACCUUUGUCCAUUGAUACAAUGAAAUAUAUUGUUGAAUCAGUUCCUACUCCCGAACCUUGUGAUACUUGGAGGGAAAGAGUGUCUAGAUUACCUAAACAAGGCAAAGGGUAUUGGUACAGUUGUUUUUUUGACCAAUAAGUGAAUACUAUAUGAUGUUUUCUUGAAUUGGUAAAUAUAUGAUGAUAUUUGACCAAGAAGGAUCGUUUUAUUGUUCAAGAAUUAUGCUAAUUCUUUUUCUUUAUAGAAAUAACUAUGCUA